CCCCUCGCACGAAACACUCCCAGGAGACAGGGCCAGAUCUUUAGUAGCUUCCGAGUUGACUCGGGUUCUGCUGGCCUCAACUCAGUCUCUGUCCGAUCAUGAAGAGUGGCUUCGAAGUUUUCGAGUUUGGCGAAGAAGACGAACUGACGGAGCGCGCGGAUGCCAAAUUCCUGAGCAAGUUCAAAAACCCUAACCCACCCGACAAUUCAACAUGCCAAUUCGCCAAAUGCGUUGCUCGUACAUCUGAUGGUCCAAGUGAAAAGGUUGAUAGAUUAGCCUUUGUAGAUGUAGAUGCCACUGAACAUGAUCAGCAGGUUGGCAAUCACAUUACAGCAGCUUCUCAGAUGGUUGAGAAGGAUUUAGCUGCCAAAGAAAGGAAGCCUUGCCAAGAUGCUGCUUCUCUAAGUUCCCUAAUUAUUAGUCAUGACUUCCAUUCAGAGAUUGAUUGCUGUCAAACUGCAAAUUCUUCUAUUGAGCAGGAGGAGAGAAUUACAUUCCUUAAGAGUGAGUCUAAGAGUAUUGUCCCUGUUGCUGACGACAACUUUGCUGAAAGUGAUCCAUCAAGAGUGUCUCCUGCGAUUGCUAGAGAUUGUGCUUUUUUAAAUGGCGUUCCUUCGACAAAUUGUUUUGACAGCCUGCAAACGGCUGAAGCUGAAAUAUGUAUUCCAGUUGACUAUGUCGUCUAUCAAAAGAACUUCUUACCAGGAUGCUCAGUGGUCUUCUCUCAUGACAACAUCAAAAUCAGCGGUCUAACUACACCUGAACAAGACCAAGAAAUCCAUAGCCUUGAAAAGGGUAUUGAUGACAUCGUCCAUAUCCAAUGUGAACAGCUCCAAAGGUUUGAAAGUGUCUCUGUUAAGCUCCAUGUACUGUCAAAGGAUGCAGGACAAGUUCAUGGAACCUCAGGUGUAGAGGAGUUGGAGUUUGUAGUCAGUGACCCAGAUUGGUCAGGAAGGUGGCAACAGAUCACAUCUUUGAAUGUGAAAUACAUGAGUCUUUGGAGAGCUGUUCACGAUAAUGAAGAUGGAAGAGUUGACCCACUUCCAAGAAAGCCGCAUUUCCCAAAUUUUGAGAGGGUUUUUGAAGAUGUUAUCUAUCCAGAAGGGGAUUGUGAUGCAGUUUCUAUCAGCAAGAGAGAUGUUGAUCUUCUGGAGCCAGAAACUUUCAUUAAUGAUACAAUUAUUGACUUUUACAUCCAGUACCUGAAGAACCAAAUUCCUUCUGAAGAGAAGCAUAAAUUCCAUUUUUUCAAUAGUUUUUUCUUUCGGAAGCUUGCUGAUCUGGACAAAGAUCCCUCUAGUGCUCUCGAUGGUCGAGCUGCCUUCUUACGUGUUCAUAAGUGGACAAGGAAGGUGGAUCUAUUUGGCAAAGACUAUGUUUUCAUUCCUGUCAAUUUUGGUCUUCACUGGAGUUUGCUAGUAAUAUGCCAUCCUGGUGAAGUGGCAAGCUUCAAAGAGGAAGACCCUGAGAAGUCCCUCAGACUACCUUGUAUUUUGCAUAUGGAUUCCAUCAAAGGGACUCAUGCGGGUCUAAAAAAUCUUGUUCAAAGUUAUUUGUGGGAAGAGUUUAAACAGAGACAGAAAGAGGCAUCAGAAGAUUUAUUUUCCAAGUUUAUGAAUUUGCGGUUUGUCCCUCUUGAGCUGCCUCAGCAGGAAAAUUCAUUUGAUUGUGGACUUUUCCUGCUUCACUACUUGGAGCUGUUUCUAUCGGAAGCCCCUGUGGAAUUCAACCUCUUUAACAUAAACAAGUUCUCCAAAUUUGUAAGUGAAUUUAUUUUCUGUAUGGCUAAAAGUUAUAGAUGUUGUUUCCAUAUGGUUGAGCCUCCUCCUAAAUAGAUCUACGCAUCUCAAUUAGAUUGGGGGUCUACGAUCAGUAAGACAGUAACUAGGUCUGCUUUUCCAGUUGCUGGUAAAGCACAAUCUGAUUUUCCAGAUGGCGGGAAAGAAUCAGGAGUUGAGUUUGUGGCAAGGAAAUUCACUCCUACAGAAGGCAGCCAGGGGAUUGAGAUGACCAUGUUAGAAACAUCAUCUCCUAUGAGAAACUCUGAAUGUAUUGUUGGUGAGCCAAAUUUGGUGCUGAGGGAUCUUUUUCAUCCGGGAGUUUCAGCAGGAUCAUUGCAUGCUAAGUGUUCAUCCUUUGAACCAUCGUCAUCUUAUUACCAUCUCAAUGGUGAUGUGGCACCUAUGGAGGCUGAUCCAGAUGGUGAGUUUAUGGAGUUCCCAUCUAGUGAAGAAGCUGUUUUCUCCAACUCUUUCUCAUUCCAAGGAUUAACUGCUGGUGCUUCCUCUUGGAAACCUAAAUUUUCCAUGAGGGAAGAUGCAGAAGAUUCAUCAUCUGAAACCUCAAGUUCAGACUGUGAAUCUGAUGAUUCUACUUCAGAAUCAGAUAUUGGGAUCACUGAAAAUUUUGCCUUGACCACCAAUGGCUAUGAUGCAUGUAAGGAGGAGAACAUCAACACGCAAACAUCUUCUGCUUGUUUGUUGGAUGAUGAUAACAACGAGUGUCUGACAGAUAGCCAUGCUUCAAUGUCUCCUGACAUCAUGUUGGAAACUUGCGCCACGGAAGGUGCAGACUGUACAACAACCAAUAUGGCUUGCGAUUCCAAGAAGAAUCAUGGAGAUAAUAGGAGCAUAAGUAUGACAACACAACUGCAACACGAGCAUAAUGCCACAAGCAGAGAGUUGUUGGAUCAGAAGGAAGAGGCUAUCGGCGAUGGUGUGACCUCAGCACUCAACGGCAAUGAUGCAUGUUUAGAAUCAGCCUCGAAUAGGAAUCUGCCCGAAAUCGACAUUCCAGAAAUGAAGCCAGUGGAGGAAGAGCCUGGAAUGGUGGACGAGAGAGCUCCAAAAGGGAAUGUAGAAUCGGCCUCAAAUGGCGAUUUGCCAGAAACUGAGGUUGCACAAUUUGAGGCAGAAGAGCCGGGAAUAGUGGAUGAGAAAGCUGCAGAAGGGGAUUCAGCAUCACACUUGAAAAGGAAUGUGACAGAUAUCGAGGGAGCCGAAGCAGACUCGGGAUUAGCACAGGAGAAUCCUUCGAAAAGGCUCCGGCUGUUGGAAGAUGAGCCUGUCGACGGGGCACCACAAGAGGGUACGUUUCUCGAAGGGGUGGCUUGAUUCAUAGAAAUCUUAAGGGUUGCAAUUCUUAUAGGUUGGGAGCUAAUGUAUAGGGAUGAAAGAAGGUUGAAUAGAGAUGUCAGUUACUGUGAAUAGUACUAAAAUCGGGUUAGUGGGCAACGUUAAUUUUUAGUGGGAUUAAGGCGCUGUUGAUCAGGAGUGUGCAAUGGUCCGGUCUCUAUCAGACCAAAUUGAAGUUUGGACCGAACCACACCUAACAUAAUGUUGUCCAGUUUUUGUAAGAUGGAUCGAAAUGAUAUUUGGAUUGGAUCAAACCGAGCCAAAUGGACCAAAUGCUAUGUUGGUUCGAUACUUAGUUUUAAGAUAUCUUCAUCAAUGGAUCGCAAUUCUCAUGAGUUUAGUUCGAUCCGGAUUGGGCCAACUUGUUGCACACCCUUAAUGUUGAUUCUAAGAUUGACAGAGAAGUGGAUACCAUAGAGUAGAAUUGUUUCUAGGAACUUGCCAAGAAAUAGUGUAGCUAUAAGUUUGUUGCUUUCAUCCUGUCUGGCCGAAGGAAGUAGAGAUGACAAUUACUUACUCAUUGGUAUUUUUAUCAGAAUGUACGCAUUUAUUAUGGGUAGGGUAUGAAUUUAUUUUAUAUAGAU